AAAGUAAAGCAGCUUUAGCAAACAAAGACCAAGACGCAAAACCCAGAACCCAAGCUCCCCACCUGCUCCGCUCCUCCCCUCUCCUCUCGCCGACUCACCUUCCUCGAUCCACCGCGCCGGCCCAUCCCAGCGCCGCGCCAGCGCCAGCGCCACCAUGAUGAGGUGGUGGUGGGCGGGGGCGUUCGGCGCCUUCAAGAAGCGCCGGGCCAGCAGCCGCGCCCGCGCCGCCGCGGAGGCGCCCCAGAACAACGUGGCCCUCGUCGUCGGCUCCACCGGCAUCGUCGGCGCCGCGCUCCUCGACAUCCUCCCGCUCCGCGACACGCCGGGGGGCCCGUGGAAGGUCUACGCGCUCUCCCGCCGCCCGCUCCCGCCGUGGUCCGCGCCCCUCCCGCCCGACGUCUUCCACCACCACCUCGACCUCGCCGACGCCGCCGCCGUCGCCGACACCCUCGCGCCCCUCACCGACGUCACCCACCUCUUCUACGUCGCCUGGGACCCCCGCCCGACGCACGGGGAGGGCCGCGAGGCCAACGGCGCCAUGCUCCGCAACGUCCUCUCCGCGCUCGUCCCCAACUGCCCCGGCCUGCUCCACGUCUGCCUCCAGACCGGCCGCAAGCACUACGUCGACCCGUUCGAGCCCCUCACCCACGUGCCCCUCGCGCUCCGCCCCUACUCCGAGGACCUCCCGCGCCUCGACUACCCCGACCUGGAGGACGUCCUCCUCGACGGGCUCGCCAGCAACAACCGCGUCACCUGGUCCGUGCACCGCCCCACCACCAUCUUCGGCUUCUCCCCGCGGAGCGCAAGAAACGUCCUCGCCAGCCUCUGCGUCUACGCUGCCAUCUGCGGCAAGGAGGGCCUCGUGCUGCGCUGGCCAGGAUCCCGCGUCGCCUGGGAGGGCUUCAGCGACGCCUCCGACGCGGAGCUCGUCGCCGAGCACGCACUCUGGGCGGCCAUGGAGCCCAAUGGCAAGAACGAACCCUUCAACUGCAGCAACGGGGACCUCUUCAAGUGGCAGCAGCUAUGGCCGAUCCUCGCCAACCAGUUCGGUGUGGCGUGGACGGGAUACGAGGGGGAGGACCAGCGCUUCAUGCUGGAGGAGGCCAUGGCCGGGAAGGAGGGCGUGUGGGCGGAGAUCGUCAACGACAACGGGCUCGUGGAGACCGAGCUCAACGACAUCACCAACUGGUUCUGCGUCGACGCCAUGGUCAACGUGGAGCGGGAGAACAUCGACACCAUGAACAAGAGCAAGGAGUAUGGAUUCUUCGGGUUCCGGAACACGUUGAGGUCCUUCAAUACCUGGAUCAACAAGAUGAAGGUUGACAAGAUUGUCCCCUGAUGCAUGCCUCUGUUUUACCUGCCAGUCGCGGCUUAGAACUUCACAUCAUGCUAUUAUCUCAUCAUCUUGCGACAUUGUCCAGUUUACGUGCAUCGAAUUUUACCUGAUACUAGUAGCAUAUUAGCAUGGACAGAGUGUUAUGUCGUUUCGACAAGGUACUGAAUGAACAUCUAGUUACUCUGCGUUUUAAGCUUUGAAUCAUCAGUACGUUGAUCAUUUGGCUUGUACCUGUGAGAAAUGUUUUGUUGAUCACUUUCGCUCAAUGGAUAUGAUCUGGUAGUAACCAUCUUUCAUGCAUUAUGCAUAUUAUUGUCAGGUUGGAGCUGUGUUGAA